AUGGGCAAGAUUCACUCUCUAUCUGUCCUUCUUGUCUCCCCAGCAGGUAGUGGAGUGCAGACCGUGUCUCCAGCCUCCACCCCUCCCUCCUCCGCUUCCCCCUCGGUCGUCACGGGAUACGCGGCAGCCUCGUUUGCCCAGUUGCCGGGGGGACUGAUGUACCCUCUCUCCUCCCUCAACAUGCCUCUCCUCAUGCAGACAGACUCCACCCCCAAGAAAGGUGUAACUGGUGGUAAGAGAAGAGGCGACUCAUCCUCGGUGGCAGAUUCUGAUGACGCCAAACGAUCCCGGGUAUCCACGGCAACGGGGGGGCCCCAAUCGGCGGGGUCGUCAUCGUCCCCCUCGCCCCAACCUCCGUUACUCCGCCCCACUCCACAUCGCUCCCCUGUCAUCAAGUACAACCUGCUGCCUUACAACAUUGGUGGAGCCACAGUUGUCGCAGGAGCGGUGCCGGGGCAACAGGCCACACCCACCUCGUUAACCCAGACAGUUAUUCUCUCCAUUACUCCCAACACGACUGGUGCCGUAGGAACCGCCCGUCUCUCCCCUCACCCCACCCUCGUACAAGCCACGCCCCCUAGCUCCACCCCCUCGACUCCGCCCUCCUUCCCCACUGUCACACCCUCCCUCUCCUCCUCCUCCAUUCCUCCAAAUCUCCUCAUCACUAUACUGCGAUGUUUUGGGCCUCUUCAGGUCCCUUCCUCCAUACCAGUUAAUCAACUGGUGAUCUCUGACCUUCUGUCCGACCUCUACCGAUCCUCCUACCACACCACCUCUGAGAUCUCUGGGAACCUAUCUCCUGAGAGCUGUGCCCUCCUCACCAUCGCCUACCUCUCCUCCCUUCGCAGGGGAGAGAGGGUGUGUGUGGAGAGUCUCCAUACCAUGCUCAAGUACGCCAGAACGGGGGAAUCGGAAUGGCUCCAGUACUACAAGAGGCACAAGAAGAUGUCCGAAUCCACGUUUGUUCAGUCACAGUUGAUGCAUCUCUCCCGAAUAUCUGUCUACCCUGCACUCGGCCGUGUUCGCGUCAUGAUCUCCAACGAGCAUCUGGCACAGGGGAUCACCCUGACCAUUAAGAACCUCACCCAGCUGGUUGCCAUGACGACCGAGGCCCUCCCGGACUUUGUGGUAGUGUUGGCCGUCCGUGGCAACGUGGGGGUGGAGUUUUGUGUCCUCGUCCUCGAGCCCCUCCUCUCGCAGCUAUUGCUACGCCAACAGAAAAACAGAUGGCGUCGACUGGCACACGGAGUGUUGAAGAAGUCUGGGAGUGCAUCUGUUGGUGGUGCCAUGGAAACGACGGCAGGGGGAAACCCCUCUUCGUCAGCAGAGAUUGAAAUUGAGAAGAGACUGCUAGUUACACUGAGGAGACUCCAGAGAGGGCUGAAGGGAGAAGUCCACAUUCCGUUCCAGGAACCUGGGAAUGGGAACGGAACCAUAUCACCGUCGAGGGCGGAGGUAAUGACCCCUGUGACCCCUCACGUGAUCGAGCAUAAGCCCGGGGGUCCGUAUGGCGAUCAGGUGAGCGUUGCCAUGCACCUCAUGCAGCGGAUCACAGCAGGGGGCGGAGUAAAACUUGAGAAUUUUAGAACCCUCGAUUUCUGCGUCCUCUGCCCCCCGGGGGUUAAUUUCGUGAGGGGGGUGGAGCGAGGAAUGGUGGAGGGGGGACUGGGGGAAUUGGUGAAGAGGGAAGAGGGACAGGAGAGGGAGGGGGGAGGGGCUUUGGACGACAGAAUAAUCCGCUGUUGUGAAGAAGAUUAUGGAAAAUUUUCAAAGUUUCUAAAUGAGAUUCACACACACCAAGAAACGCUCUACGUGGUGGUCGUUGAACACGCUGACAUCACCAGCUCGUUAGUGGGCGACAUGGUUGACGACAGUUCCCAUGGCAACAAGAGGACCGUACAGGGCAGUUGCUAUGGAGAACACAAGAUUCUGCUCGGCCAACCGAACGUUGUGAUGCUGUACGUGACGUCAUUGCCAUACCGACUAGUCACCAAUAGGUUUCUGGUGUCGGCAGCUAAUGAGAUUCAUUGGCCUGUGAGGACCCCAACCAACGAGGCUGGGGGAGAGAGGGAAGGAGAGGUGGAGUUUUGUUGUGUGGGAGGGUUGCCGGGGGCAACGGUGAAGGGGGUGGGGCCUGGCCGAAUUGUGGUGUGUGAAGAUGAAAGAAUGGAGGAGGAGUUUCACUCCAUUGCCUCGCAACUAUGUCCAUCUGCAGACUUCUCUCUCAUCCGUCACCAGCUCCUCCUCAACGACUACGUCUCCGCCCUGUCUGGCCAUGCCCACUCGGGAAGCUCCGCCCACCCAGACACUCAGACUAUAGUCAGAGGUCUGACUGAGGAACCUCUCUCCAGUAGCAGAGGUCGUGGCUCCAUGCUCCUCAUCAGGUCACAUGACAGUCACAUGGGUCAACAGUUCUUCUCCAAGCUCAAGGCCACUCGCGAUGCCCUCGGACUCCAGUUCCGCUUCGAGAUGGUCCUGGACUCCGGCAGAGAAGGUUUAACCCUCUCCCCACACUUCCACCGCCGCGUGCGCAAGACCACGGGGAAGACGGAUUCCAGUAUCUAUGGCAACGGUUGUCUGGGUGACGGUAGUCAUGGCGACAGUUGCCGUGGUGACGACGGGGGUCACGUGACCUAUUCUGAUCUGGAGAAUGUGCCGUGUGUGGUGGUGAUGACGGGGGAAGAGAGACCACACGUCUCUCUACCAAGCUCCCUCAAGUGGGUAGAUCUGAGACUACUGUACCCGUCUGACAUCACGCGCUCCGUGUACGAGUCAGAACUGGCCUGGGCUAAUGGCUACCUGCCCCCCUCCCCCUCUCUCUCCUCCUCCUCCUCCCACCUCAGACAGCCCCACACACUCAGAACCACUUCAGACAAGGACACAAGUAGUCAUCAUUCUGAUGAACAGGAAGUGAUGUCAGAAUCACAUGACCCAGAGACACUGGGGGCGGGGUCAGACGAGGAAGAGGAAGAGGAGGUGAUUGACGUCAGUGACCUGCCGUCCCAGACUCCACCCACUGCUACCAUGACAACCACGGUGGUGAUUGACCCUCCUGAAGACCAGAUGGAGUCUCAGCAGGUGGAGGGAGGGGUGUGGUCUUAUUCCCAGUGUGCCAUUCUCCCAAACCACCACCAGAACAGAACAGAGACCGUCACUUCUCCUCACCUCUCCCUUCCUCAUGUCGACCUAUUUGCUGAUCUAUCAGACUCUGAAAGUGACUCAGAGGACGAAGGGGAACCCCCUGCAAUCACCAGGACCUGCUUGUUGCCACGGCCUUUCUUCCAUAUUUGGACAUCUCGAAACAUACAACAGGCACUUCUGUUGCCACCGGCAACAGGGGUGGAAUGGGCGUCGCCCAGCUCAAAGCAUUCUCGCAGCAGUGGUUCCCAUGGCAACACGGCCAGUAACGGAGGAAGCUCCGCCCCCUCAGGGCACACAGAGAAAGCACGACGACCUCCACUUUUUGAUCCAGACCCCGCCCACCAAACCAGUUACUACAGGAAAUGGAGUAAACCCUGUAAUUCCGUUGCUAAGAAAGCCCUGGACAUGUUGCUACGAGCUACCAUCUCGGGAACUAAACAUCGGUUCCUGCUGACUGGCCCCUCACAGGUGGGUAAGACGGGGGCGUGGCAGUUGUUGGUGAGGUUACUCCAUGACCACCUGCGGUCCUCUCACUCUGUUUCCGUGGAGAUUCCUCCACCCCAACACUCCAUUUUACUCCAGGAAAACUCAUCAGCACCGUCUGGUGGGGCGCAGAGCAGGGUCGUUGCUCCCGGCUACCUAAAGCAGCUGUACCGGGAGUUGCUAGGCAACGACAAGAAGCCCUUCACCAACGCCCCACCCUCUCCCGUCACCUCCAGCACCACCGUUCACACACAAGCCACACCCCCUACGCCAAGCACAACUAUCAUCAGUCUAUCUCCAUACGCGGCACAAGAUAGCAGUCACUCUUGCGCAACUUGCUCGGAGCAUUCUAAAACUUACUCCACUCUCUACAUGCUCUCCCAGCGCCUACCCACGUCAUGUGGCACCGACGUGAUGCUCAGGUGGUAUGUGCCGUCGUCUCUGACAAAGUAUUGCGUAAUGGACAAAGAGCAUCAAGUUCUGGAGCGGCUGUCCCUGCCGACUACACCGGACAGACCGGAUGGAAACUGGUUUGACGAGGUACCGAUUUUCUCUCCCUCAGUUGGACGAGCGUCGUCGGCUCUCUUGAAUUUGAAUCACACUGGGGUCAAAGGUCUCCACGUGGUUGUCACGACGGCGAGUAAGAUGACGUCAUACAUGGGGGCGUGGCAGGAUCGUGUGAUAAUGGCUCUCCCCGACAACCAGACUGUCUGCAAAGGUAUGAUGUACUGUCGACUGAAGGAGUUUCUUCAUCACAACUACAUCAUGAACUGCGAGGCCACGCCCCCUGACACGCCCACUCCGCUCCCUUGGGUCCUCAUAAUGAGCGACAGCUGUGUCAUGUGGAAGAGAGAGGAAAGAGAAGAUCAUUGGAGAUCAUGUGACCUCUCCUUGACUCACGUGCUUCAGUCAUUAUCCCAGAGACUAGGCAAUGCAUCCUCAGAGUAUUCCGCAGUCAGUGUGCCUCAAUGGACACCUCCUCCCUCCCACCCUCCCCUCUCUCACUUUGACCUCAACCACGACUUUCUCCUCCUCAACAUCGCCACGACGACCGAUGUACACUACCACACCCACAGUUACGCCAGUUUCGACACCAAUUUCAAUCUCCAGUUGUUUGUGGGCGGAGCCAGAACCCUUGUCGAUUCAGAUAUAUCCGUCGUUAGGAAACACAAUCCGCCUGGCGAUGAACCUCGUUUGCAUAACAACGUGACUACCGUGGCAACGCCCGAUGUGGACUGUAUUGCCGUGUCGCUACACGAUUCUGUUGCACCCCUCUUUGAUUACCCCGGCCCCUACCUGUUAGAGCACUAUCUACGAAUGAAGUCCCCGGACCUAUUCCCGAGCGCCCGUUCCCCCAUACACCCAGUCCUCAUGAUAGACCAUUAUGUCAACCUUGGACCUUCCACCCACAUCUCCUUCUUCCCCUCCUCCCAACUCCAUGGCGACGACAAACAACAUCAAGACCACACCCCUCUGCCGGAGGUCAAAUUUGGUGGGCUCGUACUCUACCUCUGCGAGGGUCGCGUCUCCAGGCAACAGCUGCAACGACUCCAUUUUGUGGACGGAGCCUGUCUGUGUCUGGUGACAGAAAGUUCAGGGUCCCUGGUGAGGGAAGUGGGGCGACUGGAUCUGGAGGACAGAUGGAAAUUCAGACUGAGGGAUGAGUACAAGACUGCCUGCUACGACUCACCCUCCUCCAAACCUCUCUUCUUUCUCAUUGGUCACUUCGACCAUGAUGUCACCACUCUAGCCUCUCAUUGGUCACUUCAGAAUAUGAAGUCACCACUCUAGCCUCUCAUUGGUCACUUUGGACUAUGAUCUCAUCACUUUUCUUUCUUAUCGUCAGACUGUGAUGUCAUAGUUCUUUGGUCAGUUUGGACUAUAAUGUCAUCACUCACUAGCUUCUCAUUGGUCGGUUUUGACAGCCAGUGAUGUAAUCAUGAUGUCAUGAAAACUGAGCACA